GGACUCCAGGGGUCUCCAAACUUCCCCGGUUCUCGCCUGUCUCCCCUCUACUCUAGGGGGCGGGCGGGCCCCAAAGCCUGCCCAGGGCGAGCGUCAGAAGAAAUUCUUGAGUUUAACCAGGGACGCCGCGGACGGCGGGAUGUCGUGGUCCGGCCUUCUCCGGGGCCUCAGCAUGCCCCUGAGCUACAGCCUCGCCCUGGUCCCCCGGCUCUGGGCCACCCGCCCCAUGGCCACCCUGAAUCAGAUGCACCGUCGGGGGCCUCCGAAGUGGCCGCCUCCAAAGCUGGGUCCCACAGAAGGCCGGCCGCAGCUGAAGGGCGUGGUUCUACGCACAUUCAUCCGUAAACCCAAGAAGCCCAACUCAGCCAACCGCAAGUGCUGCCGCGUGCGGCUCAGCACAGGCCGAGAGGCCGUCUGCUUUAUCCCAGGAGAGGGCCACACCCUGCAGGAGCACCACGUUGUGCUUGUGCAAGGCGGACGCACCCAGGACCUGCCUGGUGUCAAGCUCAAGGUUGUGCGUGGCAAGUAUGACUGUGGCCAUGUGCAGAAGAAGAAGUGACCGCCAGGGGCACGGUGGGUGGGGUUUCCGUAGAACAAGAACCUUUGUCUGUGGGUUCCUGCAGUAUCCUUGGGAAGCUAGGCUAGUUCUAGAAGCAGCUGGCCCUGGUUCAAAUCCUGGCUCCUCUUCCAUCAGGACCACCAAUAGCCCAUAGGGGUCCUGGGUGUGAAUUAGAAAAGGUGCCCCUCUGCCGACAUCCUUGGUGUCCAUGUGUAGAGGUUGGUGCAAGAGGCUUCUGCUGGAACAGUACCCUAUUGCCAUCUGAUGAGAAGGGGUUGCAAUAAACACACACCGACUCUGGUUUGACGUGUACACCUUGACGUAUUCACCCUCUGUGUGGUCUUGGCAACUGAA